UGGAUAUUGAAAGGCGGUCGUUUCAAUCGAGUUGUCACCUUGAAUUAUGGGGUUAGGCUACGAUUCAGAUGUAUCUGACGCCAGCGCUGCUAUUGAUGAAGAGAGAGAAGAAUCUUCUGACCUAAACUCAUCUAGUGAUGGCGAGGAACAAAGUCGUGUAACACAGAAGAAUGUUUUUGGAGACGAUACUGAUAGUGAUAGAGAAGUGCAACCAAAACAGAAGCUACCAAGGUUUGAACAGGACAGUUCCGAAGAAUCGGACCAUGAAAAUCAACCUGGUGACAAUGCUUCGGAACAACAUGGAACUGAAAACUAUUCAGAUGACUCACAUAGUCAAAAUUCUUUGAAAAAAAGGCUUCAAAAUAUCCGAUCCUCUUCCGGUAGUUUGGAUGAUGAUUCUCAGCAAGAUGUUGGUAGUGAACAAGGUGAUAAUGGGUCACAAGUAGAUGAUCUAGCUGAUUCUAAUGGUAAUGAAGGCCACGGGAGUAAUACUGAAGAUAUAGAGGAUGAUUCUGCCCACGAACCGGACGAAACAAGGAUAUCUGUUGAUUUUCCACUGAUUCGUGCAGAUUUAGGCAGGGAGGUACAUUUGGUAAAAAUGCCCAAUUUUUUGUCGGUUGAAACUCGUCCUUUCGACCCUAACUUUUACGAAGAUGAACUGGAUGAAGAUGAAAUUUUAGAUGAAGAAGGACGGACUCGUUUAAAACUAAAAGUGGAAAACACAAUACGUUGGAGAAUUGGUAAAACAGCUGAUGGUGAAAUGGUUCACGAAUCAAAUGCUCGUAUUGUUCGUUGGUCGGAUGGUUCUCUGUCACUACAUCUUGGUGAUGAAAUUUUCGACAUACACAAAGUAGAUAUUCAUUCAGACUAUAAUUAUCUGUUCAUACGAGAAGGCAGUGGUUUACAAGGACAAUCAAGUCUAAAAACUAAGUUAACAUUCAGGCCGCAUUCAACAGAUUCAUUUACGCAUCGUAAAAUCACGUUAUCAUUAGCAGAUAAAACAAAUAAACUACAAAAGGUCAAAAUUCUUCCUGUCACGGGUGUGGACCCAGAAUCAAAUCGUAAUGUGCUUGUGAGAAAAGAAGAAGAGAAAUUGCGUGCUACAUUAAGGCGUGAAAGUCAGUUACGGCGUAUGCGUGAAAAACAGGCCAUGUCAAGAAAUAGUUUCGGUAGUGAACGUAGGCGAAGUUACGGCGAAGAUGAUGAUGAAGAUGAUGGUAAUACAACAUCUUUAAAUGCAUUAAAAAGAAAUGCGAAGAAUUCAUUGUUGGCUGCACGUAAAGAUGUUUCAGCAAUUUAUUCAUCCGAUGAGGAAUCUCUAAGUGAUAUAUCAGAACCUCGAUCACGUAAGAAAGUACGUGCGAAAAUAAGUGAUGAAGAGGAAAGCGACUAAAAUAAAGUACUUUUCCACUUUUCAUACAAUAAAUUGUACAUAAUUUGAUUAUUUAAUAAACAAAUCUUACUUCAUCAU